ACCGGUGGCACCGCGACACACGGACCGUUUACGCCCCACGUGGCGUCGUCGCCGGUGCAACAAGAACCGGCGAAGGGGCACCGUUGUCCGAUCUGUCACAAAAUGUCCAGCAACAUUAUCGAGCACAUCAAGCAGCACGAAGGUCAGCUGUCGAUGGGCGGCACCAACGGUGCGUCCGCUUCGCCCGAAGGGAGCCCCACCACCAGGGGGACGGAUAAUGCCACACCCGGGUACCAGAUGAACGAGGAAUCGCAAUCGUCGCAGGGAGAUGAUAGCGAGAAUGGUGGCACCGAUGGCGCGGGAACCGAUCCACGGAAGCAGCACGAGUGUUUGAUUUGUCGCAAAAAGUUCUCCAGCUCCGGCAAUCUGGCCAUCCACAUACGCGUUCACUCGGGUGAGAAACCGUUCAAAUGUAGCGUGUGCGGGAAGGGUUUUAUUCAGUCGAAUAAUUUGGCCACGCACAUGAAAACGCAUACGGGUGAAAAACCGUACGCGUGCACGAUCUGUGGCAAAAACUUUAGCCAAUCGAACAACCUGAAAACGCACAUCCGGACGCACACGGGCGAAAAGCCAUACGCGUGUACGAUCUGCGGCAAGCGGUUCAAUCAGAAGAACAACCUGACGACGCACAUGCGCACGCACCAGCUGGUGUGUAUGGUGUGUGGCGUUCAGUUCGCGCACCCGACCGAUCUGGCCAACCACAUGAAGUUUCAUAACGACGAAAAGCCCUACAUUUGCUCGGUGUGCAACAAAGUGUACCUCAAUCUGGACGAGCUGACGGAGCACAUGAAGAAAACGCACAACCAGAUCAAACCGUACCGGUGUCACAUCUGCGACAAAACGUUCACCCAGUCCAACAACCUGAAGACGCACAUCAAAACGCACAUCUUCCAGGAUCCGUACAAGUGCCAGAUGUGUUCCCGGUCGUUCCAGAAGGAGGACGACUACUCGCAGCACAUGCUCGUGCACACGGCCGACAAACCGUACGAGUGUACGUACUGUGGCAAGCGGUUCAUUCAGUCGAACAACCUGAAAACCCACGUCCGGACGCACACCGGGGAAAAGCCGUACACCUGUACGAUCUGCGCGAAAACGUUCAACCAGAAGAACAACCUCAACACGCACAUGCGCAUCCACACGGGCGAGAAGCCGUUCGAGUGUACGAUCUGCGACAAGCGGUUCAAUCAGUCCAACAACCUUAACAAGCACAUCAAAACGCACGGCCAGGAGAAGGACCAGCAGCAGCAGCAGCAUCCGCAGCACGUGAGUUGACAGUUGAGCGCCAGCGAAAUGUUCAACUGUACGGAUCGAGCGGAUGCCGGAGGCACCACCACCACCAUUAGGGUGGGUCAGGGGCCUACAAUAGCUGAUGUGGCACCGUCCGCCACGCCAACUGUUGCUUCCGAGCCGGAUCGAGCCUCCGUCGGUGAAGGUGUUCCCAGCUAUCGGCUUGCGAACGGUCACCACUAGCUCGAUGGCGCUGACACCCCCAGAUAGCAUCGUUGUGCCAUACCACAACCCCCCCAGACCGAUCAUUCCAUUGGCACCAGGUCGGCCGCCAGAUAGCCACCAGCCUCUGUACAGAAAGUAGUUUACUUCUCGCAAUCGGGACCUCGCCUCGCGGGCCCACAUUGGUGUCAUACGCGCGCGCGCUCUCUCGUGUAAAUGUUAAAGUAAGAUGAGGAGAAGGUGGAAAAAACUAAAA